AUGACCAACCUGACAUUUGCAACUAACUUGACUUUGACUGGCCCAAAGAUUUGGCUUCUUAUCACGCAAGCAGCAGUGGCAGCAUUUGAUCUACUUGGCAUCGCUUCUGUCAGCGACCUGGGCAAUUCAUGUCCCAGCCCAGCAACGGAAGUCGCAUCACGUCGCAUGUUCUUAGUGCGCCUGCCGGGCCUCAGAUGGGCCCAGCGAGCCGAGCUCCGCCAAGAACCGGUGAAGGAGAAGACCGCUCAGCUCCGGGAGGGCGACAAGGUCCAAUACUUUUCCACCAGCUACGCUCAGUGGAUGGACACCACCAUCACCGCGAUGGAUGCGACCGGUGCCAUGCAACUCCAGUGCAAGCCAGGCUACUGGCUGCCGCCUGAAGAGCUCCACAAAGUGAGACGGCCUUUGUAG